AUGAUCAUCCCUGUGCAGUGUUUCACUUGCGGCAAGGUUGUUGGCAAAUGGGAGGCCUACCUGGGCCUGCUGCAUGCCGAAUAUACCGAGGGUGAUGCAAAGGACGCAUUGGGCCUGAAGCGAUAUUGCUUUAGAUGGAUGCUCCUCUCCCACAUUGACCUGAUUGAGAAACUCCUGAACUAUGCACCUCUGGAGAAGUGA